AUGGGACAUAAGGAGCAUGGAGGGACUUGGCACAUGGAAGCAGCUCAACUGGAUACGCAAAGGAAGAAGGGAGAAGCCAUCUUGAAGAAGACCAGCUCGACCGUCUACUCGACCAACCGGUCGAGUUCCUCAACUCGACCGGCCAAGCUUCAACUCGAUCGAGCUGGAACCUCCACCUUGGGAAAGGGUUGGCUAGGCAUUGAGAAGCCCAAUAUCAAGAGAAGCCUUGAUACAAGGAGUUUUAAGAGCUAG